GCUUCAAACAUCCCUUCGUUGCGCAUACGGGAGUCGGUUAUAUUCUGUCACCUCUAACCCAUCAAUUCUCAUUUAUAGCUCAACUGUUGUUGCCAAAUGCUCCUGUGACCAGCUCGACAUCUCUCCUCUUUCUCACUCUUGAAAAUGGACACCUCGAAAGACACGCCUUUCGCUCCUGCGGGCGACCUCCCCCUUCAUCGCAACGCGCCUCUUGCGCCCACACAAGAGCUUGCCUACAGGAAGAAAUGUAUACAGCUAAAGCGACGUCUUGCUGAGAUCGAAACCAACAACGAUGCUACGCGCAAAAGAAUCAUCCAAGAAACAGAACACGUCCAAAAGAUGCGCCUUUUGCGUGCCAUCCUUCUUAAUCACCUGCAGGACAUCAUGACUGCUCCAGCUAAGAAGUUGACUCCAGAACAACUUGACAAGAUCGGAGUCCUGGCCAAUGGCACCGGGAACCUGGCGGAGUUGGCUGGCAGUGGCGUGGUGCCCGAGUUACAACGCCGGAGACCCGAAGGGGAAGGGUUACUGGACGACAGCUCCGAAGCGAGCGAUGAAGAUGAACCCGAGCCCGUCGAGCGACCUGAGCGGCGGAGAAGAACCAACAACACCUUCCGCGAGACUAUCAUGAACACGGCCACUCCAGGAGAGACAGCGCCGGCGAUGUAUCAUCAGACCCCGUUACCCAGUCUUGCUCCUGCAAGUUCUUUCUCCCCGGUCCCUCACGACCCAGCAGCGCUCACAUCAUCUUUCCGUAUCAACUCGUCUACUCCACAGGCACCUACGAAUCCUGGAACGCAGCAGCAAUUUCCGGACGCGACAUAUUCGCAAUCAUCUCCAAUCCCGGUCAACCAGCACUUGGGUGUGCCUUAUCAGUCACCGAGUCAGCCACGGCCACCCAGCGUAGCGCCCACUCAGGAUACCGGCGCGAAUGGUCUUGCGCGCUCUCCUGGUGUACCGGUACGCCCUGAACGACCAGAAGCACCCUAUGUACAAUUUACAAUGCACAUGAGACCACAAUUAGAAGCCGAUGACUACCCUCCUGAGCAAAUCCCUGCUCGUAUCCAGGCCGAGUGGGAUGGUCUUAGCGCAGAUAACAGGAAGCUAUGGGACGACAGGUACGAAGACCAGAUGAAAGAAUAUACCGCGGCGAUGGAUGCUUGGAAGCGUGCUACUAGAAGAGAGCCAUCGGGCAGUGGCUUUUCCUCCAUCAACUCAUAGAGUGGGUCGAACAGAACACCUAAUGGCUACCAUAAUAACGUCCCGUGGCAUUUACGCCUACGAAUCCAUCAGCCCCCUUGGCGAUACUAGUCAUUUUGACAGUGCACAUACUUCUCCCUCAGUCUGGGUCAGGAGAAGGGGCGUCGAGUUGCGUAUUCAUCAACCGAGAAACACCUCGAUUUCGCACCAGGCGUCUGUGCAUUUACGUUAGCGCCAACCGUUUUACGGUUCCUGGGCGCUUUUCACGUCUAAAUGUUUAACAACAUUCACAUCAGACAUGAAUUUUUGCGUGUAUCAGGAGCUCCGUCACUGAAACCCAGAUUUCCUGCAAGGAGGUCAAGUUUACUUCGGAGACGAAGGACCAGGCACAGAGAAACACAAAGCUUGGAUGAACCCUCACCGUGUCAUUAUCUGGGAGACCCUCUGAUGUCAACUUUCACCGACGUGGCUUUUUUUCGUGUUCAUUCCGUCAGCACAGUCCUCGGUGGGCUCCGUCCUGCAAGAAUCCAAAGAAAACCGGCUUCUCCAAGAUGUUCUUCGUCAAUGCUCCAACCUGGACGGCAUCGGAGCAGCUAUCUUCCCAAGAUCGCUGGGCAAUAUGCCAAUAGUUGGGCGCACAAAUUUGGACUCUAUUCUGCCCUGAACGCCUAUCGGGAUAGCAUUCCUGCAUAGGUCAACGUCUAACUAUUAGCAAAAUCAAACUCGAUUGUAAGUUGAGGGUUGAUUUCAAUUCUCUGCGACGAGGUCAAUGCUGGGCGCAAGGUUGAAAAUGGUCCCAGACGAAGAAAGUGCUAAGGAAUGCGAUGCUCUCGUUCGGCGAUAGGUUCUAAUCCUGCUGUGAUCUACUGGUCCUCAGCUGGGGGUUGUGAUGGAAGCGGAAGCCAUCCAUAUUAUUCACUUGAAUCAUUUGGAUGACCCUCAUGGUACUGUGCAGUCAAUAUCUUGUGCGUCAAGAUGUCUAUCCUGCCUUGACACCGCAGCUGAAAUGACUGCACAGCAUGAACGGAAGCAACGGCACCAAAUCAACGUAUAUCAUGGGCGAGUCCACAAACAAUAUCAAUCUGAGAACCGGGCGAAUUGCCUAUGGUUGCUCUAUUCAUUUUGUGUUCAUGUCUCUAGGAGUGAUCUGAACUUGACUUCGAGGACGAUCUGGCCACGCAUACUCCAUUCAUUCCAUCAAAGUGCCCAUUUGGUAUUUCCCGCGCGUUAUGGGUGUGCCCUCUG